UGUGUUCGUUUGCUGCAUUGUUAACAUUAAUACUAUCUCGCCGGCGGAAACGGAUUUGGGAAACGCAAUAUUUCUAAAAACAAUAAUGACAAUGAUGAUAACCGUAAUUAUUAACCGACGUCAUCGUAGUCAUUCGUCGGCGGUGCGCAUGCAGAUUUAUGAGCCACAGCAGUUUGUUUGUGGAAACCGGCACCGGAGACGGACGACACGGCCAACUUGUCGCCGGAUAAACUGUCUAGGCGGCAUGAGUACUACACAUGUGUAUGUUUUAGGUCGCAGUGACGGCGCCAUCACUCACGGUAGGUCGGCCGUGUAAAAAAGAUGCGCUGGUGCCCAAUAUAAGGAGAAUACGUCGAGCAACGAUUUAUUAUGUUGAGUUACAAGGUCCCAUGACAAGUCAUAUGAUUGUCGGUGUUUUGCUAUUACCAAAGAAUUACUUGUAAUAAUACCACGGUCUAACAAUUAGUGUAUGGUUAAAGUUACCAUUAAAAAAUCUGUCAAAACAGCUGCCAAAACUAAUCACAAUUUGGUAGUCAUAGAUAAAAUUGAUUUAGAUGCAAUAGUUUUCAUUAAAGAUAACAGCAUAGUUCGAGUAUAAUUCUUUGAUUUUUUCUUGCGUCGUGUACAGUUUUCUACUUAAAUAAAUUAACUGAUUGAUCAGCGUAUUACUGAAACGCCUAUAUAUUGUCGCAUCCCAGCAAAAUUGUAGAAUACGCCAAAUAAAUUCAGUUGUAGUCCAACGAACAACUUGAUCCCUUGCACGAGAAAAAGAUCAUGUAAAACUAAAAAAAACAACUCUAUAUUGUUAAUUGAUCAAACUCCACGGGUAACUUGCGAUCUAUUCAAAUGAACAUGUGUAACAUAAUAAUUAAAGAGCUAAUCAUGUCGUGUGACCUUACUCAUGUUCACAUAAAGAUAUCAAAUUAAAUAUGAAACAUUAGCCAAAACAAUACAUAAGCUCCAUUUAUUUCAUGUGUUCACUAGGAAGAUUGGUGAUGGCGUACAGCAUGGAGUGUUUUUUAGGCUUAAUGUCACUUCAAGUUGGAGUAUUAUUUACAUCUAUUUUCUUGAUGACUAUGGCAAUAUGUGUUAUAAUCGUAAACGUGUCUGACUACUCUAGUGAUCGAGAUGUUAUAUUUGUUGGCGUUUGGGUGUCAAUGUGUACUAUAUUAGUCAUUUGGACAGUCGCAUUUCUUGGAGCAUAUUAUAUAAAUUAUGAAAUAUUAAUGGUAGCUUGUAGUUCUUGGUUUAUGUUUAUUUUAUUUUGGAUCAUAGUGGAUUUAGGAUGUACUACUCCUUCACGUUGUCAAGAAGGGUUAUGGCUGGUGAAUAAUUUUCAUCGCUUGGAAUCUGGAAGUGGUUUUUCUGGACCCGAUUAUUACUACCAUAGUGACCAUGAACAACCAUCGGAUAAACCACCAAAAAAAAUUAAUGAUUACACUCCUAGACAACAAUUUAGCACUCAAAAGUCAUUUGGGCUUAAAUUUUAUUUACCGUGGGAUUCUAACAUAGGAGCAAUAACAUACUUGGGUUCUUUUGUAAUUACUUUAGGAAUAUUCAUUUUGUCUUUUUUGAUGUUGUAUAAUUAUGGUUCCUAUCUUAAAUGUAAGACAAUGCUGGAAUCUACUCAAUGUCAAAUUAGCAACAAAUGUCUGAAGUAGAUUUUCCAAUUUUUAGUUUCUCCAUAAAAGAAUUAAUAGAAGAAAAAAAAAA